AUGCUCUGCUUCUCCGGCGACAGGGCUCUGGCUGAGCGUCCCCGCCGGCGCUCGCCCGGGCUUACCUGCUGCGUCCUGCUGCUCCUCAACUGCUCGGGGGUCCCCGUGUCCCUGGCCUCCUCCUUCUUGACAGGUUCUGUUGCAAAAUGUGAAAAUGAGGGUGAGGUCCUCCAAAUUCCGUUUAUCACGGACAAUCCUUGCAUCAUGUGCGUGUGCUCGAACAAGGAAGUGACGUGCAAGAGAGAGAAAUGCCCGGUGCUGUCGAGAGACUGUGCCCUGGCCAUCAAGCAGCGGGGGGCCUGCUGUGAGCGCUGCAAAGGUUGCACCUAUGAAGGAAGUGCCUAUAACAGCUCCUUCCAAUGGCAGAGUGCAGCUGAACCCUGUGUCCUGCGGCAGUGUCAGGAGGGUGUUGUCACAGAGUCUGAGGUGCGCUGUGUUGUUCAUUGUACAAACCCUUCGGAGCAUCCGGGAACAUGCUGCCCCACCUGUCCAGGCUGUGUGUUUGAGGGUGUGCAGUACCGAGAAGGACAGGAGUUUUAUCCGGAAGGAAACAAAUGCACCAAGUGCUCCUGUGUGGGAGGCAGGACACAGUGCGUGAGAGAAGUCUGUCCCAUUCUCUCCUGUCCCCAGCACCUUAGUCACAUCCCCCCAGGACAGUGCUGCCCCAAAUGUUUGGGUCAGAGGAAAGUGUUUGAUCUCCCUUCUGGGAGCUGCCUCUUUCGCAGUGAUGUUUAUGACAAUGGCUCCUCAUUUCUCUAUGAUAACUGCACAGCAUGCACCUGCAGGGACUCUACUGUGGUAUGUAAGAAGAAGUGCUCCCGCCCUGGCAGCUGCGACAGAGGUGAGGGGGGCUGUUGUGAAGACUGUCUCCUGCGAGUGCCCCUGGAGGACACCAAAGUGUGCAAGUUUGGGAACAAGAUUUUCCAGGAUGGAGAGAUGUGGUCCUCUAUUAACUGUACCAUCUGUGCUUGUGUGAGAGGCAAGACGGAGUGUCGCAAGAAGCAGUGCCUGCCCAUCAGCAGCUGCCCCCAGGGUAAAAUUCUCAAUAGAAAAGGAUGCUGUCCUAUUUGCACUGAAAAGCCCGGCGUUUGCACGGUGUUCGGAGACCCCCACUACAACACCUUUGACGGGCGGACGUUUAACUUCCAGGGGACGUGUCAGUACGUCUUGACCAAGGACUGCUCGUCGCCCACCGCGGCCUUCCAGGUGCUGGUGAGGAACGACGCGCGGCGCACUCGCUCCUUCUCCUGGACCCGGGCGGUGCAGCUGGAGCUGGGUGGCAGUGCCCUCAGCCUGCAGCAGCAUCUCAGCGUGCGCUGGAACGGCUCGCGGGUCGCGCUGCCCUGCCACGCGCCGCACUUCCGCAUCGACCUGGAUGGCUACCUGCUGAAGGUGACCACCAGAGCAGGUUUGGAAAUAUCCUGGGAUGGAGACAGUUUUGUGGAAGUCAUGGCUGCCCCUCAUCUCAAGGGCAAGCUGUGUGGUCUCUGUGGCAACUACAAUGGACAUAAACGUGAUGACUUGAUUGGUGGAGACGGAAACUUCAAGUUUGAUGUGGAUGACUUUGCUGAGUCUUGGAGGGUAGAGUCCAACGAGUUCUGCAACAGACCCCAGAGAAAACCAGUGCCUGAGCUGUGUCAAGGGACAGUGAAAGUAAAGCUCCGAGCCCAUCGAGAAUGCCAGAAGCUCAAGUCCUGGGAGUUUCAGACCUGCCACUCGACAGUGGACUAUGCCACGUUCUACCAGUCCUGCGUUACAGACAUGUGCGAAUGUCCGGUCCAUAAAAACUGCUACUGUGAGUCAUUCCUGGCAUAUACCCGGGCCUGCCAGAGAGAAAGCAUCAGAAUCCACUGGGAGCCUCAGCAGAACUGUGCAGCCACCCAGUGUAAGCACGGUGCUGUGUAUGACACCUGUGGCCCCGGAUGUGUCAAGACCUGUGACAACUGGAAUGAGAUCGGUCCAUGCAGUAAGCCAUGUGUUGCGGGUUGCCACUGUCCAGCCAACUUGGUCCUUCACAAGGGAAGGUGCAUCAAGCCAGUCCUUUGUCCUCAGCGGUGA